UUAAGAAUAUAGAAUCGGAAUAAUUCCUUAAGCUUAGUAUAUAUAAGAGUAGCAUUGUACAGGUGUUUCACUUGCAGACAGAUACUGCCAUGAAGAUAUUUUGGGUUCAUCAACAGGUUGUCAUCCUGCUCGUCAUAUCCUGUUUUGAACGAGUUAGAUCGGUAACCUGCAGAGAUCCUACACCAUUACCGCGGCUUGCCACUGAUUUUCUCAACGAAUCAGUCGCAAUUCUGCCUGGAGAGGAAGGAAGAGUACUAGGGGAAAUAAGCAACAUUGACGUAUCCUUCCUAGAUAUUACCCGCCAAAACUUGACAAACCAACCGAAUACCGCCGCAAGAGAUUGUUCAAUUCAGUCAACAUGUCCGUGGCAUUUUGUCAAAAAUAUUGAUCCAAACAGACGCCCAAGAACUAUUAUUGAAGCACAAUGCAGCACUUCCUGCUGUCGAAGAAGAAGUGAUUUUUGCUGUGCCGACGGUAUUCGACCCGGAUGUUCUCGCUGCCAACCAAUUUACUACUACGUACAUGUUUUGCGCAGAACAGGAUGUGACGUUGUAACUCGCAUGUUUAAGUAUGAGACCAAACUAGAGAGGGUUGUGGCGGGUUGUACUUGCGUUAAAAUUCCUGAUGCUCUUAGCCCGCAAGUACCAACGAUGGUGCCUUAAAUAAGAACACUCAUUUUGUCCCUUGGUUUAUUUGUUUUUUUUUUUUUUCCUUUUGUACAUGCGUAUUAUUAACAUUGUUGUUUUUUUGGAAAUCAUAUUUUGAUUAUUUAGUAUGAAAUUGUGCAAUAUAUUUAAUACUGGAUUUAAACUUUAUAUUACUGCAUAAUAAUAUUAUAUGAUUUACGAUUAAUAAAGACUUUUUGGG